UUUGUCGCGAGGUAUCUCCGUAGUCCAACCAAUCAACGCGCUUUCCAGCUCUGCCCAUGGCACAUGCAAGCGAGAGGCCCUGCGGGGCACUUUCGUGCGGGGCCCGGGGGUUGCCGGCUUGCGUGGUCCCCUCGUCCGAUCCGUCGUCACCACCUCGCCGGGAUCGCCCCGGUCGGCGGUCGGCAGUCAGGCACCGAAACGGCCUUUGCGCGUACGAGUUUCUGGGCCUUUCCGGUUGAUCCUGGGUUGCUCCGUUUGCCAAGCACUGUGUCCGGGCAUCUGCGAGACUUUCGACAGACGUACGUCAGGCACAUUGAGGAUGGUGGAGGGACGGCCCAUGUCCAGUGCCACCAAGAGUGGCAGGACAUCAAUGGUCACGGAUACACGUGUACGGAGCCGAGGGAGCCACUGAUACUGCGAAAUACCUUAGUCAAGCCAGUCCAUCCUUUGACAAAGUUUGUUCAUUUAAUAGUACGCCAAAACGGCGUGUGCUCCCGGACCAAACCCGUUUCGUGACCGGGUGCUUGGCGGCCGAGACAUGGCCGCCGCGGUCUUGUACAAAGACUUGCGAAUUCAUGGUAGGUUGAUGGAUGAAGUUCCGGACACUGACGGGU